CUCUUAACCUGACUGAUGAACAACUCCACCACAGACUCCCCUAGUUCGUCUAGGCAAGAGAGAAGCUUCGACAGUUUCAGGCCUCAGAUUGCCGCCACCGGUGACGGUGGUGCCGGCCCCAGUGGAUCCCACGAGAUCAGCCGCCGGAAAAAGAGAAGGAAAAUGUGUCGCUUAACCGCCACCGCUGAUCCUAAUGAUUCUACAUUGCAGCAACCCAGAUUAGGAAAGAAGCCAGAGCCCCCUAUUACUUCUAAAAUUGCCCGGCCGUGUAGCGAAUGUGGCAAGCAAUUCUCCUCAUGGAAAGCCCUGUUUGGGCAUAUGAGAUGCCACCCAGAGCGCACUUGGCGAGGAAUCAAUCCACCGCCUAAUUGUCAACGUCCUCAAGAAUGCCUUCCGGCAAAUUUCUCUGAAGAGGAUCGUGAAGUAGCAGCAAGUUUAGUAUUAUUAUCUAAUGGGCCUUCACAAUGCUUCGAGGUUGAUCGAUUUGAGUGUUCGAGUUGCAAGAGGGUGUUUGGUUCACACCAGGCACUAGGUGGACACAGGGCUAGUCACAAGAAUGUUAAGGGUUGUUUCGCAAUUGCAAGGAGUACUGAUGAUGGUGAAGACGAUGAGUGUGAGAUUGGUGCUGGUGACUAUGGUGGACAUGAUCACAGGAUUAAUGUAGGAGAGGGAGGAGAGUCAUCGUCUUCGGUCUUGGCUGCAGAAGAACACAAAUGCAGCAUUUGUACCAGGGUUUUCUCUAGUGGUCAAGCCCUAGGAGGACACAAGAGGUGUCACUGGGAGAAAGGAGACAAGGAGCCGUCACCGCCGCCACAGGGGUUGAACUUAAAUCCUGUAGAUUUGAACUUGCCGGCGCCAUUAGAUGAGAACCCUGGGGAGUCAUCUCCUUCCUCUUCUGGCCUUGUUUUGGACCUGAGAUUGGGAAUAUGA